AUGACUCCCAAAGGAAAAGGAGUUAGCCAGGAGAUGGGCAUUCCAGGCACAAGAAAUGAAGCAUGCACAGGUGAAAAACCUUUUGAAUGUCCAAAUUGUCAUGAACGAUUUGCUAGAAAUAGCACCCUCAAAUGUCAUCUGACUGCAUGCCAGACUGGAGUAGGGGCAAAAAAGGGAAGAAAGAAGCUUUAUGAAUGUCAGGUCUGUAACAGUGUGUUUAACAGCUGGGACCAGUUCAAAGAUCAUUUGGUAAUACACACUGGAGAUAAACCCAACCAUUGUACUUUAUGUGACUUGUGGUUUAUGCAAGGAAAUGAAUUAAGGAGGCAUCUCAGUGAUACUCACAAUAUUUCAGAGCGUCUAGUAACUGAAGAAGUUCUUUCAGUAGAAACACGUGUGCAGACUGAACCUGUGACGUCAAUGACUAUUAUAGAACAAGUUGGGAAGGUGCAUGUGUUACCAUUGCUUCAGGUUCAGGUGGAUUCAGCACAAGUGACUGUGGAACAGGUCCAUCCUGAUCUGCUCCAGGACAGCCAAGUGCAUGAUUCACAUAUGAGCGAUCUUCCAGAGCAGGUCCAGGUGAGUUAUCUAGAAGUGGGUCGAAUUCAGACUGAAGAAGGUACUGAAGUACACGUGGAGGAGCUGCAUGUCGAGCGGGUAAAUCAGAUGCCAGUAGAAGUACAGACUGAACUUCUAGAAGCCGACUUGGAACAAGUGACUCCUGAAAUCAUGAACCAGGAGGAGAGAGAGCCCACCCAAGCAGAUUGUGCUGAGACUGCCAGGGAAGAUCACGAAGAUGCUGAUGGUUUAGAGACCAAAUCAACAGUGGAUUCCCAAGCUGAAAGGGCAGGGAAUGAGAACAGAACACCUAUGCCUGUUUUAGAAUGAAAUAACAAAUGAAUAUAUUUUUAAAUUUAUGUGUUGGGUUUUUGAACUGAUGUUGGGCAGUGUGACUGUCCUUGGGCUAACAGACAAGUGGACCAAAGUUAAAGUCUUUCCUGUUGUGAACUGUUUCUGUUGAAACAGAUUCCCCCCCCACUUAAUGCCACAGAGGAGAUAUCUUUCCCAUAAGUGAAUGGGAAGCUUUGAGAAGUAUUAUUUCUGGAAACUUAAAUGGAUUAUAUUCUUACUAUAUAGUUGGGUACGAAUGUAUCUAUUUUCAUUGUGGUAAGGGUUCUCCCUUCUCUCUUUCCCAGGUCACGUCCUUUCUUAGAUUUUUUCCAUGUUGUAAAAUCAAACGUAAAAUCAUUAGAAUACAAAUUUAUGUAUUCUAAUGCAUGUUAGAAAAUUGAAUAUAUAGGAAACACAAGGCUGCAUGAAGAAAAGUACAUUGUUACUGUGCAGUUAAAUUUUUGGCUUCUGGCUUGCUUUAGUUUGAACAACCUUCUUGUCUUUACUGGUAGUCACGGAUGUCAUCUCUGCAACAGGAACAGAGUGGUGGUGGCAAAAUUUCUAGAAUGUAAAAAACAACCACACCCAUGUGCCUUUUCAAAACCAACAAAACUUCUAUAAAGUGUCUCUGGUUCUUUCAAAGUUUGUGUUGUAAGGAGCAACGUAGGUGAUGCUGUAGUAGUUUAUGUUUUUGCUUAUAAUGGCAACUACCAAUUCUUUUUCUUGGUAACUUAAGUUAGGUUGAGAAGUUUCAUUUAAUGGCAACUGAAGGGCCAUUUCCAAUUGGGAAAAUUCAUUUAUAUCUGUGGUAAACCUUUUUUUUUUUUUUUUUUUUUUUGAUGAAAAGUGCACUAAUAUUUUACCACCAGAUGAAAAAAAGAUGAGCAUCAUUUAAAAAUUAAUGUAUUUAAAAUAAAGUACAGAGAAAAACAUGUAUAUAAUAUAUCAGGCUUUGUUUUGAAUGAAUCUUUUUCCCCUGAUCCUUAAUGUAAAGAUCUUGUGCUAUAACUUUUAAAGCCAUACAAAUAAGAGUGCUAAACUGUGGACUUAAAAGUAGGUGUGUAAAUAUUUUUAAUCAGUAUUACUUGGAAAAUAAAAUAUAACAACCACAUAAAAUAAACCAAUAUGCUAUUUUCUUUACCUGUUAAAUAUUGGGAGA